CACAGUGUUCCAUUUCCGAGAAAACGGGAACAGCACUGAACACAGUUUCAGCAAACCGGCGGUCACGAGAACCAAUUGUCUUUUUGUCGGUUCCAGCUUGUUUUUCCUGCACCAUGGGGCGCGUGCGUACCAGGACCGUCAAGCGUGCUGCUCGACAGAUUGUCGAGAAGUACUACGCUAAGCUUACUCUGGACUUCCAGAUUAACAAGAAGAUUUCGGAAGAGGUCGCCGUAAUUCCGUCGAAGCGCAUGCGCAACCGGGUUGCGGGAUUCGUAACCCAUCUGAUGAAGAGAAUCCAAAAGGGACCGGUCCGAGGCAUUUCUCUCAAAUUGCAGGAAGAAGAGCGUGAGCGCCGCAUGGAUUUCGUCCCCGAGCGAUCGGAGGUCGAUGUGGCGACCAUCACCGUUGACCAGGACACGGCCGACAUGCUGCGUGCACUUGACAUCAACCUGCCCAAUGUUGUUGUUCCCAGUGCGGGACGCCCGUCGAACAACCAGAACCGAAGAAACUGAAUAGUGUCCGGUCGAACAGAGACGUAACAAGCUCGGUUUGAUUGAGUUCUCUAUCUCAUACCCUGUCGCUAGUCUGUCUGCUGUGAAAGCCCGGGUUACCCGUUAAUCCUCUUUUUGGUCCAAUUCAAAGAUGUACUCGUAGCCCGUAAACAGCCAGAACCAGGUGGUGUUUGUGUUCUUGCAAGCUGCUGUGAGAUGCGAACUCGCCUGUACUAAAGGAGUGUCGUGCUCCCUUCUUCCCGUCCCCUACCGGAAAGCGGAAGGGUGGCCGAGGCAGUCUUGCUGGAAGCACCGGACAGUCCGUACUACCCAGAGAUGACCCAAGACUUUCAACUAUGCUUCUCCGCUGUUUCCACAUGCUGUAUACGAAAUCCAUAUUUGGUUGGCAAGCAGAGGUAGUCGACCUUACAGACAACCACGACGGAAAAUAGCGUAGGGCAUUCAUCGUGUACGAUGUGGUGUGUGUUAGACUUGAGCGCCAAGCGGAAAAACAGGUUGCAUUAGUAGAGUUUGACGGUGUCUGUAGCUCAUGGUAGUCCGUGAGUGACAGGUCACAAACAGCGCUAGAUGUAGAGCGGAAAAAUUCCUAUACACCAUUUGGCGGACGACAGUGUAGGCUGGAAUUGGCACGAAACGCUGAUCGCUUAGGGGAGGUAUUGCAUCACGUUACCGCAGCGAAACCGAAACCAACAAUGCACGAAUGUAUGUUCAGAAACCUUCCAGCUCCACUCAGUACCAGAGGUGCAGUAGUUUCGGAAAGAGAUCUCAUCCCUUCACCUUAGGAAUCUGGCGGCACCUCGAAAAACUGCGACACACGUUUGGGACCACUCUUCAUCAUGAAACGGUUUUGAGCGGAU